GCCGACGGCGUCUGAGUGAACGAGUGGACUUCGCCGGCGUCCAGCGGCGUCGGAUGUUUCAGUCGACGAGGCGACGCAGCAGAGUAACGGUAAACAGUCGCGACGUCACACUGGAACGCUGGCAAGGCAGAGAAGCUCAGAGGUUUCGUCGUUGUCCAAAAAAAACGCCGUGUCGCGUCUUGUUUUUGUUUUUUGUUUGUUUGGUGAACGAUCUAAUCGCGCGUGUGUCUUGCAACAGGCAGCAGUGACCAAGAAACGAUACAAAAUAUAUUCGAUUAAAAAUAUACUCAAGUAGAGAGAGACCGAAGUGAGUCGGAGGACUCGUGGACCCGAGUUUGAGUUAAUGUAUGGUUGAGAGUGCCAGGAAACCACCAAAGACAAUGGCAAGCCUGCUCCUGGCACUGACACUGGCGCUGGUCCUGGGCCUGGCCGUGGGUCCCGGACCCGCCCCCGCUGCCGCCGCCGCCGGCGUCUCCGCCAACGAUCCCUGCUACUUUGAGGGCAAGCCGCGCAAGUGCCUGCCCAGCUUCGUGAACGCCGCCUACGGGAACCCGGUGCAUGCCUCCAGUGUGUGCGGCGGCCAGCGGCCGGAGCGGUACUGCGAACUGCUGCGGGACGGCAGCGCCGGUGAGUGCCGCACCUGUGACAUGCAACAGCAGCAGCAGCAACUGCGCUACGGAGCUGCCGCACUGACCGACUUGAACAACCCCAGCAAUGUGACCUGCUGGCGGUCGGGGGCGGUCAGUGUGCCCCACGACCCGGACAGCGCGCCGCCAGACAACGUGACCCUGACCCUGUCGCUGGGCAAGAAGUACGAGCUGACCUACAUCUCGCUCUCGUUCUGUCCGCGCUCGCCCCGCCCCGACUCCCUGGCCAUCUUCAAGAGCUCCGACUUCGGGCAAACCUGGCAGCCGUUCCAGUUCUAUAGCUCCCAGUGCCAGAAGUUCUACGGCCGCCCGGACCGGGCCAAGAUCUCAAAGUUCAACGAGCAGGAGGCUCGCUGCAUCAACUCCCAGCACGACGCCAGCGGCGGCGGAGCGGGUACGGGAGGCGCCGCCCAACGAUUCGCCUUUAACACUUUGGAGGGGCGACCUUCCGCCAAUGAUCUGGACGCCUCCCUGGUGCUGCAGGACUGGGUGACCGCCACUGACAUCCGAGUGGUCUUCCACCGUCUGGAGCUGCCGCCACAACUGCUGAAGGCCAAGAACGCCAACAGCUUCAGCGACGAGAUGGGCGGUAGUCGGGAGGCAGGCGACGACGACGACGACGCCGACCUGGAGCUGGACGGCGACCAGGACGAGUACGACUACAAUUUGCAGGACAAUGACAGCGCCGACGCCGGCUACGACGAGGAGUACGAGGAGCCCAAGAAGCACCUGGAGCUGGACGACGAACUGCAUCUGGACUAUGCCAGCGACGGCGAGGCCUCCAAGCGCCACUCCUCCAAGCACAAGGGCAGUCUCUACGAGAAGCACUACCAGGGAAAGCUCUCGGCCACAACGCCCCCCCAAACGCCCAAGAGCACUCCGUCUAGCAAGGCCACUCCCCCCAGCACCACCACCGCUUCCGCCUCGGCCGCCGCCCAAGCAAUCCUGCCCGUCUCCCAUCACUACGCCGUCUCAGACUUUGCCGUCGGUGGGCGUUGCAAGUGCAACGGCCAUGCCUCCGAGUGUGUGGCCACCGCCGGAUCCUCCGCCGGAUCGGGACUCUCGGACCCGGACGACGGCCAGGACGAGGACACGCACCUGGCAGGAGGGCACUUCGGGCGCAGCUCCCUGGGGCUGCAAAUGGGCGUCAAGCUGGCCAUGACCUGCGCCUGCAAGCACAACACCGCCGGACCCGAGUGCGAGCGCUGCAAGCCCUUCUACUUCGACCGCCCCUGGGGCAGGGCCACCGACCAGGACGCCAACGAGUGCAAAAUGUGCCAAUGCAAUGGACAUGCCCGGAGAUGUCGAUUCAACUUGGAGCUUUACAAGCUAUCCGGCAGGGUCUCCGGAGGAGUGUGCUACAACUGCCAGCACGACACCACUGGACGAUACUGCCACUACUGCCGCGAAGGAUACUACCGGGAUGCCAACAAGCCGCCAAAUCAUCGCAAAGUCUGCAAGCGAUGUGACUGCCACCCCGUCGGCUCGACCGGCAAGACGUGCAACCACCUGAGCGGCCAGUGUCCCUGCAAGGAGGGCGUUACCGGACUGACCUGCAACCGCUGUGCCCGCGGCUACCAACAGACACGCUCCCACGUGGCGCCCUGCAUCAAAGUGCCAACCAACGCGAACAUGAUCCAGGCCGAGAGUGCCGGAGGCGGCGGAAACGGGGACUACAAGGACGGCGGCAGCUCGCAAGCCGAGGAAAUGAAGAAAUACUGCGGCAAGUGCAAGGCCAGUCCGAGGAAGCUCAAUUUGAACAAGUUUUGCAUGGAAGAUUAUGCAAUUUUGGCCAAGGUUAUUGGUCACGACCGCGCCUCCCAGGACAUCAGCACCGAAAAGUUUUCUAUAGAGCGACAGAAUGAGAUCUACAAAUAUGAAAUCAACAUCCAGACGAUUUUCAAGCGGAAUCCCAUGUCCGGCACCACCAGUUCUCUGCUGGGCCGUGGCAACAUGAUGUUGCUGGUGCCACGCAAGAGCAUCGAAUGCCAGUGCCCCAAAAUCAAGCUGAAUAAAUCGUAUCUUAUCCUUGGACGCGACUCGGAAGCGGCGCCAGGCUACCUGGCCAUCGGUCCCAGCUCAGUGGUCCUAGAGUGGAAGGACGAGUGGUCGCUGCGCAUGAAGCGGUUCCAGCGGCGGGCACGAAAAUGCAGUUGAAUCGAACCGGAAACGGAAUAUGUCAGAGCGGAUUUCAAUUUCACACACUUGGCUAGGUAUCAGUUUUUGUAUAAAUUGUACAGUUUACUCAGAUUUCUCACCUUCUUCGGCAUUGUGCUAUAAAUUAAUCAACCCGAGUCCCGAGACCACCAGUCAGAUCAGCAGAGCCCCUAAAUUAGUUAGCCCCCCAUUCCGGACACCCACUAUACACUCGCAUGCAAUUCCCUCCCACACCACCACCACCUGCUCCAGGGGCACUCUUCUCUAGUCCAAAAAACGGUUUACAGGCAGGCGAACAACAAAGAACAUUAAAACAAAGUCAACAGCGGACAGACUACAGACGACAGAACAGUGUGUACAUCCCCCUCAUAAAACACCAAAUGCUAAUUACAGUUACGUGCCAAUGGCGAUGGGCGGUGUCCAUAACAGUUAUGCAUGCCAUAAAAAACAGUUAUAAAUUGAAAACAAGUGCGAAAAGAAGCCGUCGCGAGCAAAUAUGGCACAUGCUCGUGAUAGAGAUGUGCAUCCAUACACGAAACGGGUUCAACCACGCUAUAGGUACGUUUUUUUUUUAAUAAUUAAAGUAAGUAAGCAGUGAACUCUUGGAAAUUGGGAAAGGCAAAGAUAUUCAUUGUCCCAGGAACGUCCCUAGUCCAUGUCCCACCUCUAUGCACACAUAAAGCCCAAAAGGCGGGAGGAACCCCAAACACACAAAAGUGCAGACAUAAACCAACAACUCGAGCCGCGACCAGAUGGCAGGCUUUCAAACAAACACAAAAAUUUAUACUAUACAUAAGUAUGCCCCGGAUUUUGAAGAGACGACGCGCUUUAUCCGCAAUCAUUUAUCAAAAAAUACAAGCUUUUAUUCAAAUUAUGAAACAAAAAUUAGGAAACUGGAAUAUGUUUUAAAUACAAGUUCAUUAAACCAAACCAUUGGCUUGGAAUUAUGGCCGAACCGACAAAUAUUUGCUUUGGGAACAGAAACACAUACAUAUGUAUAUUUUUAGCCAAGUCUUGAAUUCCAUUAGUUGUCUGGCUUGCACCAGGCCUUUUUUAGACCCGCCUUGAAACACUUCCCUUCAUUCAAACCUAGAUUCAAUUUCUGAUAUUUGCCAGGUUUUUUGAUUUGAUUUUUUUCGAGUCUAUCAAUUUCCAUUGGCUCCUUUUUUGGCCCGGCAGUUGGGUAGCAUUCGGCCAUCUAUUUGGUGUUUUGUGUGCAUAUGUUCGGUCAAACGCAUAAAGUCUCUCGAAAAUGUAUGCAAACAGUUUUUAAAAGUAAUUAUGCACAUGUUUAUUGACAUUUUGUUAGUUGAUUUUUCACGCGUUUUUGCAUAACAAUUUGUUCGAUGAACGCAUCAAUAACAGGCAUUUAAAAUGCAUUUAAAUCAAUGACUUUUUAUUUGAGUUAUGCAUGUAAAUGAGAUGUGUUUCUCACUCCUCCUCGUGGCCGAAAUCGAAGGCGUCGGGCUGGUGAACUUGUUUUUUGGAGCCGUGGGCAGCCGUCACUUGAUAGGCAUUCCACGGUCCCUACACUGCAGCCAAGUCUGACAUAAUACCAGCGAUAAACUCUUAAAAAUUUAAGCUAAACUAAUUCAAAACUCUGAGCCAGUUACAGGCUCUUCAGAUUCCUCGAUGGUCGGGGAACACUGCUCGAAAAAAGUUACAUGCCACUCGGCCAACAGCAUACAAGUGAACUUUGUGGGCUAAAACCCUGACGCAUACAUACCUUUUCGGACAUAUAUGUUUGUACACGUAUUGUGAUGAAUACCCCUCCCUAUUUCCACAGCAAACACCCCUUAAUCCCUCCUGAGCCAACUCGAUUGCAGUUACAUUUUUUCGAUGUUGCUGCGGAUUAAACAUGUUUCGGCUCAAAAUGUAACAUGAUAUAUGACAGCCGGGUGUCGAACUUGAUAAAUGUUUUAAUGAAUUUAUUUUCGUGUUUAUGUUCUGUCUGCCAUCCGCCAGAAAAUGACUGAAUCGAGAUCUUUAUGCCCGACUUUGCCCCAAACACCUUUUGCCAUGUAGCUGUCCGCCAAUAUGUCCCUCAGACCUGGGCCCGGGCUCGGGCCCAUUACCAUUCACAAGUUAUUCAGGUCCGACCGUGACCAUGAUGUAUGAUAAAUCAAAAUAGGGGCACACACAUGCCGGACAGUUAACAAGCUGCGGCAUUUAAACCGAGAUUUUUGUUCCCAUUCACUCCCUGGGCCACUCCGGCCAGGGACGCAUAAUUAGCCUGGAUCUGUUCUUGGCCAACAGGGCGUAUGAGUCAUGCCAACAGCCAACUUCAAAGGAGCUCUAAUCCAAGCCACUUGAAUGCCAAAUUGCCACCAAAAAAGAAUAAUAUUUUCUAUAAAUUGCACUCUUCCCUAAUAGCUUUGAAUUCCCCACUUUUCUGCGCAACAAGUUUGCCUAAAAACUCAAACAAGAAUCCAAUUAUUUUCAUUUUAAAAUAAAAAGCCUCCAAUUUCACCUUAAAUGUUAAACACAAAAAACGUCAUAAAAAAUGUUUACAAAAAAUUAUUGAACAAUGGCUGAACAAAAAACGAUGAGAAAAAAUUAUAAAUGAAAUGAGAAAUUGAAUUGCGGCGUCGUCGGUCUGGUUCAACCCGGCGACUUCAUGCAUAUUUAAAUGAAAUUUUGCGUUAACUGAAUUUUUGUCCUGGCCAGGAGGCCUGCAAGGUAGUGGGAGUGGGGAGCGGGGACUUCAGCCACAUGUGUGGAAGUGUGACCGCGGAAAACAAAAUGAAAGUCUGUACAUUAUGUAUGGAUAUGAACGGUUUAUGUAUGUAUGAACCCUCUGAUUUGAAACAUUUAUACAUAUAUUUAAGUAAAUUGGGUUCUUGGCACUUCUUUUUUUUAAAUGGGCGGGGUAUGGGCUGCAGGACCUAUUAGCAUAUAAAUUGGCAAACGCUCUGGUAGGCUUUGCCAGGAUCAAGGACACUUAACUGUUCACUAGCAUUUGGUGCCGCUUACAUAAUUAGAAUACCCACCAAAAAACUAAACGUAAAACAAAAACUAAAAAUCAGCCCCAAGCUGACAAAUUGACUUCCGUUUCCGCAAGAACAGCAAACAAAAAAAAAAAAAGAAAAACUCGAAAAACACGAAUAUAAAAAAGUACUUAAAAAUACUUAAUGAGAGAGAGACGCAAACAUAACCAAAUUAGUCAUUAGUUGAUAUGCCAAUCAGUUUAUUUAUUUACACCUUUUUUUCCUAAUCUUAACUAUAAAUUAACAUCUAAACGGAGUAUAUUGCUAGCGAACACACAGAGAGAAAAAAUGUAUUUAUAUGUUAUAGGAAACGGAAUGGAUAGUUUUAACGAAUUUUGUUACGGAUCAGAAGCUCUAGAAUUCUAUUCCCUUUCGUUUUGUAUGCCUUAAGCAUAUUCUACUAAUCACAUAUCCUUCAAAGACACAGAAAAAUCACACACGAUUAUAAAGGAAUUUUUUUUUGUUGUCGGUAUAAAAUAUAUAAUAUGCAUAAUGCAUACCAGGAGCGUGUGUCCAGAAAGAAGAUAUAAGAAGUAUAUAUAAAAUGCAUACGUAUAUGUAACACAUAACUAUAAUCAAAAACAAAAUGAAAAGCAAGCGUAAUUUUUCUUAAAUUUUUUGUAAAUACUCAAAAAAUGCGACAAGUCGCGGAGAAACCAGAAAUUAUCAAUUCAAAUUAUUGCUAAUUAUUAUGUUAUAUCAUAAAUUGCACACACAAAAGAAAAAAAAUAGAAAACAAAAAACAGAACAGAAAAAAAUGAAAAGAAUUCACAUUGUCUGAUAUUAAAGUAUUGUAGUUGGUACUUAUAUAUUACAUAUAUAUAAAAAUAAAUAUUAAAAUAUGAUUAAUCAUAAAAAUACCUAAAUAUGCAAUUUUUGUGGCAAAGAAAAAUUAUAUCAAAGGCAAGCGAUGCAAAGGAUCCGAGUUAUACAUAACUAUAUAUCAUUUAUGUGAACUUGAAGAAGUCGAAUAUCGAAAAUCAAGAAACAAAGUCGAAAACGUGAACGUUUAUCGAAGUAAGUGGACAAAUUGCUAAUGAUAAUAAAACGAAAUAUUAUUAAUAAUAAUAAAAUAAUGAAA